CUCCCCCAUUCGCAGUUACUGAAUUUCAUUAGCCUAUAAUUCGCCUGAUAUUUACAGCGUGGGAGUGCUGUCACCCCCGUCGUCCAGCUCUGAUAAGCGUGACGUGAGAGCUCCAUUCUUAUUCAACCUUGCGGCCCAGCUGGUAACUAGGCUGGGUUGAGUUCAACCGUUGCCCGUCGCGAGCGGCUGCCAUAUUUUUUUUGCUGAGCGGUGAUACCUUCAACCGCUAUUCAUUCAUUUACCUCCUGAACCUCUUGCUACUGUAUACCUCCUCGAGUCAACAGUAAGUGUCUUGUCACCUGCGACAGGACUCACUGACUGUAUACUGUGUUUGCUACUUCUGUGACUAACGGAGUCUCUCUACUUGACUUUUAGUCCUUCGGCGGCCGACUACCGCUCUUUGAGAGACACUUGCAUUCCUGCGUUCUUCGCCCAACCCUCACCGCUUGAACUGUAUACCCAGAUCAAUUGAGCAAAAUGGGUGACGCUUUGGACCAUCUCGCCAACCGCACCAAGCUGGAAUGGCAGUGCAACCUCAACAUCGACUACUUGCCCAAGAAGAAUCACCGACGGACCAGUAUCAUUUGCACCAUUGGUCCCAAGACCAAUUCUGCUGACAAGAUUACUAUGCUGAGGAAGGCUGGUCUCAAUGUUGUCCGCAUGAACUUCUCCCACGGCUCUUAUGAGUACCACCAAUCUGUCAUUGACAACACCAGAAAGUCGGCCAAAGACUACCCAGGUCGGCCCGUUGCCAUCGCCCUCGACACCAAAGGACCAGAGAUCCGAACAGGAAACACCCCUGGGGACGCGGACAUUUCCAUCAAGGCAGGCCUUGAGCUGAACAUCACGACUGACGACAAAUAUCAGACCGCCAGCGACGACAAGAAUCUAUACGUCGACUACAAGAACAUCACCAAGGUGAUUGAUGUCGGCAAGUUGAUCUACGUCGACGACGGCAUUCAAUCCUUUGAAGUCACCAAGAUAAUCGAUGACAAGACUCUUCGUGUGCGAGCGCUCAACGAUGGACAGAUCUCCUCCAGGAAGGGGGUCAACCUCCCUGGCACAGACGUCGAUCUUCCCCCCUUGUCCAAGAAGGAUAUUGCCGACCUGGAGUUUGGUGUCAAGAACGGCGUCGACAUGAUCUUUGCCUCCUUCAUCCGACGAGGAGAUGAUAUCAAGCAUAUUCGACGGGUCCUGGGCGACAAAGGCAAGGAGAUCCAGAUCAUUGCGAAGAUUGAGAACCAGCAGGGAAUGAACAACUUCGACGAGAUUCUCGCCGAGACUGACGGUGUCAUGGUUGCACGUGGUGACUUGGGCAUUGAGAUUCCGGCCGCAAAGGUCUUCAUUGCCCAAAAGAUGAUGAUCGCCAAGUGUAACAUGAAGGGCAAACCCGUCAUUUGUGCGACACAGAUGUUGGAGUCCAUGACCAAGAAUCCUCGCCCUACCCGAGCCGAAGUUUCUGACGUUGCCAAUGCUGUUCUCGAUGGAGCCGACUGUGUGAUGCUGUCUGGUGAAACUGCCAAAGGCGACUAUCCCAAGGAAGCCGUCGCCAUGAUGCACGAAACAUGCUUGUUGGCCGAGGUUGCAAUCCCCUACGCCAACGUGUUUGACGAGUUGAGGACAAGCUGCCCUCGUCCUAUUGAGACGGUGGAAUCCAUUGCGAUUUCUGCUGUGGGCGCAAGCAUGGAACUGAACGCCGGUGCCAUUCUUGUAUUGACAACCAGUGGUUCUUCGGCACGCCUCCUCUCCAAAUACCGACCAGUGUGCCCUAUCAUCAUGGUGACACGCAACGCCAUUGCUUCACGCUAUGCUCACCUGUACCGUGGAGUGUAUCCAUUCCUAUUCCCGGAACCGAAGCCCGACUUCCGAGGAGUCGACUGGCAACAGGAUGUGGACAGACGAUUGAAAUGGGGCAUUGCUUCGGCGAUCAAGCUUGGUGUUCUGGCCAAAGGCGACAGCGUGGUUUGCGUUCAGGGCUGGAGAGGUGGCCAAGGUCACACCAACACCAUUCGUGUUGUACCUGCGGAGGAAGACUUGGGUCUCAAGGACUGACUAACCGUCGAUGACUUCUUCACCGCACUAGGGAGACCAAUGCCAGUCAUGUCGUCGUUUACUCCGCCGCAGUCUCCGACGCGGGGAAUGAGGCGAUUUUGAGCACAUGCUGGAACGGGAAAGCAAAGCUGGGAUUGCCGACCGGACAAUAGAUGAAAGCAAAGAAAAGGAAAGGGUUUAUUGUCCACAAGUCACUCGAUGUCGAAAUGCCCGGCAGGAUUCAGUGUUUGCAUCGAGCUCGAAGGGAGAAUGAAGAAGGCUACUAUCUUUUAUGGACUGCCGGUUCGAUUAUUCGCUACGAAAAUGAAAUAUGAUUAUUCCCCCAGCACGUGCCGAGCGCGAGUGCCACGCGGUGACGAAGAAGGUACCAAGGUCUAUAAUCAUCCCGGAACAGAGGGAGAGGCUAUGUACUGGCGGUCAGCAGCAAUGGCGGGACAGGGGGGAUCAGGAGCAAUAGUUCCAAGUAGUACGGAGUAGUCAACGAGGGCCAUGGCUCCCAUGAGGCGAAAAGCUUGGUGGACGUUAAGCAU